GCAUGACCAGUUUCUACAGAGAAGUUGAAGAUGAAGAAGGAGCUCCAUCGCCAGCCGUGAAUCGUUUUCGACACCGCAACAUCAAACUGCUUAUCUCCAUUGCACGUUCGUGACUAGUUCUUGCAUGGCGAGCUUCUGGGGCCACGUGCGAGUCACCCUAACUUGGCUGCUUCCGGUGUCCCUGGCAGCCGUGAUGGUGGUGCUGGUGGUGUUGUACGCGAUCAGAGAAGUUCCCCGUGUUGAACGGCAGCCACGCUUUAUUUCUACAUCCCCCAUGGGCGUCUACCACACCUGGGCGGCUAUCACUGGCGCCGAAUAUUGCGCAGGAACACCCAGGCGCAUUCUGGAGAUGAACGGGACCAUCGCAGACGUAACGGUGGCGAGCCAGUUGUGCCAGAGCGUGAUGAACCCGCACCAGUGCGGCCUUGGUGGUGGCUUCAUCUCCGUCUACUACAACCACGCCACUCGGAAAGCAAAGGCCUUCAAUGCACGCGAGUGGGCACCCUCAGCAGCCUGGUCCAACAUGUUUCUGGCUAACAGCACUCUCUCAUCUUACGGCUUUCUUGCAGCAGCGGUGCCAGGAGAGCUGAUGGGCUACCGAAGUAUGCUGGACAGUAUUGGCUCACGUGUUCCAUGGGCUGAACUGUUCAAGGACGCCGAAGCACUUGCACGCAACGGAUUUCCAGUCUACGCCGACUUGGAACGCUUACUCAAGCAGAAUGAAAAGGUCAUCACCGCUGACGAGGCACUCUGUGAGGUAUUCUGCAGCCGAUUGUACCCCCAGAACAAGACGACCGUGGUCAUCAACGAGACCCUCCGGAUGCCAGCACUGGCUGAUACCUUGGCUACCAUUGCACGGGAAGGCCAUCAAGCCUUUUAUGGCGGCUCCGUGGGCAAGAUGUUAUCUGAUGAUAUACGAAGAAAGGGUGGUCUGAUAACGCUCCAGGACCUUAGGUCUUACACCGUCAAGGUCGACGACGCAUUGCGUCGAGUACUCCAUGACAACGUGACCGUCCUGGCGCCACCACCUCCUGCCGGAGGCAUCUUGACAGCGUUCAUGCUCGCGGUGAUGGACAGCUACCGAAAUCCCGAGGCACCCACGGUAAAGAGCUUGCCCGACAACGACGAGACCUUCCACCGGCUCGUCGAGGUCACCAAGUUCGCCUUCGCCGGGCGUAUGGAAAUUGGAGACCCAGAGCAUAUCGAUAUUUCGGCCGUGGUGAAAAACAUCUCCUCUUCCUCGUUCCUCUCUGAGGUGCGCUCGAGGAUCAAACAAUACCCGGUAAGCGACUACCGCUACUACGGGCUGCGCUACCAAGGCAGAGAGAGCCAUAGCUCGUGUCAGUUUGUCGUCAUCAUGCCGGACGGCGACGCGCUGGCUCAGAUGAGCUCCCUCAACAGAGAUUUUGGGGCACUGGCCAUCUCAGCAUCCACUGGCGUGCUGCUCAACAACGAAAUGGACGACUUCGCGAAUCCUGGAAAGGCGAACACUUUCGGCCUUGUGUCCAGCGCCACCAAUUACAUACGGCCCAAGAAACGACCCACGUCUUCCAUGUCGCCGCUCGUGAUAACAGACGCCGACGGAAGCGUCGUCAUGGCCACCUCGUCCACGGGUGCCUUCUUCAUUUGCAGCGGACUGACGCAGGUGGUGAUGCGGUCGCUGUGGAUGAACCACACUGUCAAGGAGGCCAUCGACGCCCCUCGAAUUCACCACCAACUACCCGCUCCAGAAGUUCUUGCAGAGGAGCGGAUCGACCAGGACGUUCUUCAAGGCCUUCUUAAUCGCAAGCAUCAAGUCAAGUUCUUCAAGUGGUACGGCGAAGCUAUCGCUCUCCUUCGAAGGCCCGGGGACAAUCGCAUCUACGGAUCGUAUGACUACCGCUUUCAGAUAACCGGUGGAAUGGAUGGAGACUGAUCUGCGUGCCUGUUCUCAACGGAUGUUCUCUCUUUCCGCGUCCGUGUGAAUUUUCACUAUGAACAAUUUCGUCACGUGCCACUUAACUGAGACGUGUGUUUUUAGUCAAUCUUAGCGAAAGGAUAUUCCUUAAGUCAUUCCUGUUUUAGCUUAUUGUCCUUUCUCUUUGUUCCUCAGUCUAUUAGUUACAUUAAAUUAAUGCUCUUAUCUAA